AUGAAGCCGGCGGUGCUGGAAGUAAUGAGGAUGAACCGGGUGUGCAGGAUGGUCCUGGUCACUUCCGUGGGCUCCUUCAUCCUCGUCAUCUUCUAUUUCCAAAGUAUGUUGCACCCAGUAAUGCGUAGAAAUCCGUUUGGGAUGGACAUUUGCUGUCGGAAAGGAUCCAGGAGCCCACUCCAGGAACUGUAUAAUCCCACCCAGGUGAGUUUAUCCAACACAGCAAUUCUUCAUCAGAUCAGACGAGACCAAGUGACAGACACGUGCCGGGCAAAGAGCGUGUCCAGCAGGAAGCGCCGUGUGCUGACACCCAAUGAUCUCAAGCACCUGGUCGUGGAUGAGGAUCAUGAAAUGAUCUAUUGCUAUGUUCCCAAAGUGGCCUGCACAAACUGGAAGAGAGUCAUGAUGGUUCUGACGGGAAGAGGGAAGUACAGCGAUCCGAUGGAAAUCCCGGCCAACGAAGCCCAUGUGUCUUCAAACCUGAAGACCCUCAACCAGUACAGCAUCCCAGAGAUCAACCACCGCUUGAAAAACUACAUGAAGUUCCUCUUUGUUCGCGAGCCUUUUGAAAGACUGGUGUCAGCCUACAGGAACAAGUUCACCCAGAAGUACAACACUUCCUUCCACAAGCGAUACGGCACCAAAAUCGUGAGGCGCCAGAGGAAAAACGCAACCCAGGAGGCUCUGCGGAAAGGUGAUGACGUGAAAUUUGAAGAGUUCGUGGCAUAUCUCAUCGACCCACACACCCAAAGAGAAGAGCCCUUCAACGAGCACUGGCAGACUGUGUACUCCCUCUGCCACCCUUGCCACAUCCACUACGACCUCAUAGGAAAGUACGAAACGCUCGAAGACGAUUCGAAUUACGUUCUCCAGCUGGCAGGAGUAGGCAACUACCUGAAAUUUCCCACCUAUGCAAAGUCUACGAGAACUACUGAUGAAAUGACCACAGAGUUCUUCCAGAAUAUCAGCUCCUUGCACCAAACGCAGCUGUAUGAAGUCUACAAACUUGAUUUUUUAAUGUUUAAUUACUCAGUGCCAAGCUACCUGAAAUUGGAAUGAGGGAUGGGUUGGGGGGAAAGAGGGGAGAGAAGGCCUGUUUUAUUUAAGAUUUUUAUUUGUCAUAAUAAAUAUGGAGAAUGGGUUAUUUUGUAAAUUAAUAUUUUCUUUUUUUGAAUGAUGCUGCGAGCAGCACAGUCAAAAUUAUUUAAAUCAACUGUAAGAAGGGACAGCUCUCUUUGCAGGGUAACGGGAUUGUGAUGAUCUAGUUGUAGAAAUUAAUAAUACUGCUACACUGUUUAAACAAAUGUUAAUUGUGUUCUGGUGAAUUUCAUUGAUCUUUCAUUCCUCCAGUUCUAAUUAAUGUUAUUUAUACUUAUUUAAAACAUUGUCUCUUGGUAGGUUUCACUUCAGCAGCAGAGAUAGGCUAACAUAUGGACAAAAGGAGUCUGGUUUUUAGUUUUCCUCAAUUUCCAGCUUGCUCUGGGUAAUAAUAUUCUUCCAUUAGGCAUUGAUGCAGGUAAAUAUGGGAAUGGUUCUGGAACCACAAGCUUUGAGAAGAUCGGUGAAAAUAAGUUCUUUAGAAAGUGAUGUUGUGCUCCAUACUAGUACAAAAUCUGUCUUUCUAGGC